UGAAAUGCUGCACCAUAUAGCUCAUUAUGCUAGCACGCCAGCCAGGUAGCUACCCCAGCAUGCACCUCGUUACUUCUUUGGUCGGUCGACAGAUGAAAACAUGGCGGCGAUCAGUAAAUACUUGACAGCUAAGAACUGCACUGUAGCAGGCGCCACAAUCGUUGCCUUGUAUCUUCUCAAGAGGAAAAGACAUGCUGCCAAGAUAAAUGGGGUGAAAAGAUCAUCAGAACUACAGUUGAGCAAAGAUGAGGCCAAGAAGGAAAGGACGGUGGUGGACAAGGUGUUCUUUGCACGUAUCCUGAAGAUAGUGAAGAUCAUGGUUCCUGGAGUGUUCUGCAAAGAGUCAGGAUACUGUCUCCUCAUCGCUGCCAUGCUGGUGGCCAGAACCUACUGUGAUGUGUGGAUGAUCCAGAAUGGCACCAUGAUCGAGAGUGCAAUUAUUGGUCGUUCAACAAAAGAUUUCAAGAGACUCUUGUUCAACUUUAUAAAAGUCAUGCCAUUUAUCUCGUUGGUUAACAACUUCCUCAAGCUGGGUUUGAAUGAACUGAAGCUCUGUUGCCGGGUUCGACUCACCAAGCACCUCUAUGAUGAGUACCUGCAAGGUUACACGUACUAUAAGAUUGGUAACCUGGACAACCGCAUCGGUAACCCCGACCAGCUGUUGACCCAGGACGUUGAGAGGUUCUGUAACAGUGUAGUGGACCUCUACUCCAACAUCAGCAAGCCUCUAUUGGACAUUGGUCUGUACAUCUUCAAGUUGACCUCGGCCAUCGGGCCACAGGGUCCUGCCUGUAUGAUAGGCUACCUGGUGUUCUCUGGGCUCAUCCUGACACGUCUGCGGCGGCCCAUCGGCAAGAUGACGGUCAUGGAGCAGAGGUACGAGGGAGAGUACCGAUUCGUCAACUCACGCCUCAUCACCAACAGUGAAGAAAUUGCCUUCUACAAUGGAAACCUGAGGGAGAAACAGACCAUUCACUCUACCUUCCAGAAACUGGUGGAUCAUUUGCACAAUUUCAUUGUCUUCCGCUUUUCAACUGGUUUCGUGGAUAGCAUCAUUGCAAAGUAUAUUGCCACUGUUGUGGGGUACCUGGUGGUGAGCAGGCCGUUCCUGAACCAUACCCACCCACGCCACCUACGCAGUACCCACGCUGAGCUGCUAGAGGACUAUUACCAGAGUGGGCGUAUGUUGCUGAGCAUGUCUCAGGCCCUGGGCAGGAUCGUCCUGGCUGGCAGAGAGAUGAGCAGGCUCUCUGGGUUCACAGCUCGCAUCACCGAGAUCAUGAAAGUCCUGAAAGAGCUGAACUCUGGGAAAUACGAGAGGACCAUGGUCUCUCAACAAGGAGGAAGAGAUGGUGAAUUACAAGAUAGAAUCACCUUGGUCCCAGGAAGUGGUGAAAUCAUCCACAAAGACAAGAUUAUUAAGUUUGAGCAUACACCUCUUGCAACGCCCAAUGGGGACAUUCUUAUCAAAGACCUCAGCUUUGAGGUGACGUCAGGGACAAACGUCUUGGUGUGUGGCCCCAACGGCUGUGGGAAGAGCUCACUCUUCAGAGUCCUGGGAGAGCUCUGGCCUCUGUUUGGUGGCCGUCUCACCAAACCUGAGCGAGGGAAACUCUUCUAUGUUCCCCAGAGGCCAUACAUGACCCUGGGCUCUCUGAGGGAUCAGGUGAUCUACCCAGAUACAGUGGAGGACCAGAGGAGGAAGGGCACCUUUGAUAAGGUGCUGAAGGAGUACCUGGACAACGUCCAGCUUGGUCACAUCCUGGAGAGGGAGGGCAGCUGGGACACAGUCCAGGACUGGAUGGACGUCCUCAGUGGAGGAGAGAAACAGAGGAUGGCUAUGGCCCGUCUGUUCUACCAUAAGCCCCAGUUUGCCAUCCUGGAUGAGUGCACCAGUGCUGUGAGUGUAGAUGUGGAGGACUUCAUCUACAGCCACUGUAGGACGGUGGGCAUCACGUUGUUCACGGUUUCUCACAGGAAGUCUUUGUGGAAGCACCAUGAGUACUACCUGCACAUGGAYGGAAGGGGAAACUAUGAGUUCAAAGCCAUCACCCAGGAAACAAUUGAGUUUGGGUCAUAACGACCUCACCACAGCCAAUUAUUGCUCACAGAGAUGGUCCUAAGUAAUUCUGCACUACAUGAAGCAUAGGGAACAGAAGUCAAGUCCUAACAUAUUAAAAUGUUAUGCAACAGUGUGAAGACUGGGAGCUCAAUGUCAAGAGAGAAAUAGCUAAACCUGUAUUAGAUUAAAGGUAGAGUCCACAAUAUGACAUCAUACAGAGCAGGGUACACUUCCUGCUUGCAGAAAUAAACAAAACAAUUGAUUUCUGCCAAGACUGAGCGUAUUGGCUCUUCCUAAGGGCAGAUUGAAUUCUGUUUAGAGCAGGAAGCCGCCCCGCUGUGUAUGAUGAUGUCAUAUUGCAGAGUCUACGUUUAAGGACGUGCGUGUAGUGAGUUUUUUUAUUCUAUAUGAAGCAAAUAAUGUACUAAGAAAACUAGCCUUACUAGCUGUAUGUUUUAAUUUUAUUUCUGUUAAUAUUGCAUUGUUUUUCAUUAUUUAAAAUGGUCAGUUUUAAUGUUGAAUUAAAUGUUUGUUUAGUGCUGUUUGUUGAAACACUGAAGUGCAUUCUUCUUUCAUGAAGCCAGUAACUGUAAAUGACAUUAAGCAUAGCUAGUCCAAAUAUGUCAAUUGUAGUACAUGUAUGCACAUUUUUUUUGUCUCUUAUAGUAUAAACCCUCAGCGGCUGCCUCAAUUUGGAAGGUACUACACUGUAGUUACUUUACACUGUACUUAAUUUAGCUUUGAUUAUUUUGUAAAAGGGGAUUGAGGACGUGGUACUUUUGUUAACAUAGGAUAUUUAAAAUGCCAUUGCUAUGAGCUGAACUAGAAAUAAAUAUUUCAUUAAUAUAUA